CACGUGUCGGUGGGCUGAUAAUUAGUAUAACAAGGCGAAGAAUUAAGCUGGUUUGAUGGGAAGACAUAGGGAGAGAAGCUGCAGCUGCCUUCUCUGCUGAUCUCUAAACUAAGAGCUUAAACGGAUUCAAAACAAAACCCUUUCUCUCUCACACAUACACACACUAACCAGAAAAAGAAAAAGAAAAGAGAAAAGGAAAGGAAAAGAAAAGAAAAGGGUUGGGGUCUGUGCUGUGGUUGAAAGUAGAAAAAGCUGCAGAAAGAAGUGGAUAUAUAGAUAUAGCGGGAGGGGAGAGUGAAAGGGAAAUUAAGGAGUGGCACUGGCAGGGUUAAAGAGUGUGGCUGUGAGGAUAGUAGGAGGGGGUGGCGGUGGAUACAGAAGAAAGAAAGGUAGAAGGAAAAUAAUAGUGAAAGAUAAAAUAAUGGACUGGUGGGAUAAGAUGAUCUUUCCUGUUCGAAAAGUUUGGUUUGCUGUCUCUUCUCGUCUCAAGCCUCGCAAUCAUGGUGCUGGACUUUUGAAGCUUCGCAAUGAUGUACAAACCUGUGGAUAUGAGGAUGUUCAAGUGAUGUGGGAAAUGUUGAGGAGAUCAGAAUCAGAGCAGAUAGCUAACUAUUCCAAACGCAAGCAACGAUCGUUCUGGAGAGCUUUAGUAUGGUCUAACCAGAAUGCAGCAUCCUCCUUGUCAGCAAAUCAUGCAUAAUGCAAGACCACAGUUUGAUACUCGCUCUGUUUAAUAAUAAUGUCCUGCUUGUGUCGCAACUUGACAUGAGCAAUAAUCAUAAUUUUACUAUCCAACGGCCGGCAUUGCAGUAGCAUGGUACAGAGCUGUUGCUGAGUGUAUCCAAAUCAAUGCAAUAUGAAAUAUAUAUGUCAAAAAUUUUUACUUUACCUUCUUAUGAGAAGACAAGUUCCUCUCAAAUGACAAGUCAUUUGUAAAUACAUAAUGUUUUGUCAUACCCACAAUGAAAAACUUUACAUGAA